GUGCAUAUUCAGUAUUACUAUUAAUAACAAUGCCGCGUCCUAGAAGAUCUAAUCUUUCCCAGCGGAGCCGUAAUGCAAUUAGGCAACGGAAUAUCGCGAGUCAAUUAUCUGAUGAAGAACGAGAAAUUGCACGAGAAGCGCCGCGUUAGUAUGGAGCAAAGAAGGGCCUUAAUUCGUGCUUCUCAAACACAAGAGCAAAGAGAGGCAGAGGAAUAAUCUUCGAAGUGCAAGAAGAAAUGGUUCAAAUAUUGAUUUGAAUCGAGCAGCGUUUCUAUACGAUUGCACCAUCGACUACAGCUUGCAUCGUUUAGUUUGCAUUGGUCCAAUGGACUUUGUUUGCCAGCAUUGUGGCGCAUUGAAGUUUGCUGGUGAAACGCCUGGUUUGUGCUGCCUUAGUGCAUCAAUCAUACUCAAGCAUUUCUCUGUGCAGUCGCCACUUUUAGUAACAUUCAAAAUGAACUUCUCUUGCGCUUUGUUCUUCGUGUUCGCUUGCCUCAGCGUAUUCGCCAUGGCUUCAGCUGCACCCUGGAAUCCCUUCAAGGAGCUGGAGAGAGCUGGUCAGCGAGUCCGCGACGCCGUCAUCAGCGCCGCGCCUGCAGUCGCGACCGUCGGACAGGCGGCCGCCAUCGCCAGGGGGGGUUAAGCGACGAAUGCUUUAUCGUCUAUGAAUAUGUUUAUUGAUUGUAUAAGUUUUGUGUAACUUUAUUACAAUGAUGAUUUUGGUAUAAUAAACAUUAAUAAUUCUAAAUAACU